GACGUGUCCGGCGCGACGCUCAUGGCCGCGGGCGGGUCCGCGCCGGAGCUCGCGACGUCGUUCAUCGGCACGUUCCAGGGGUCGACGGUCGGUUUGGGGACCAUCGUCGGGUCCGCGGUCUUCAACGUGCUCUUCGUCAUCGGCAUGUGCGCCAUCUGCACGCCCAAGGAGUACGCGCCCCUGAAGCUGACGUGGUGGCCCCUCGCGCGCGACUGCUCGUACUACAUCGUCACGCUCGGGACGCUC